CGGCUUUAAAUACGCGCCCUCUCUCAAUUCCUUCACAACACUCGACUCUAUUCUGAUCAAUCCAUAGCCAUGUCGCUCAAAGUUUAUGCAGAUCGCCUCUCACAACCUUCUCGUGCUCUUCUUAUCUUCUGCAAAUUAAAUGGAAUUGAAUUUGAGGAGGUUCCUGUUGAUCUUUCUAAAGGCCAACAUAAGGCACCUGAAUUUGAAGAAGUUAAUCCCAUGAAGCAAGUACCAGCCAUAGUUCAUGGCACUUUUAAGCUUUUCGAAAGUCAUGCAAUUCUUAGAUAUCUAGCUUCUGCAUUUCCGGAAGUUGCUGAUCAUUGGUAUCCAACUGACCUGCAGAAAAGAGCAAAAAUAGAGUCUGUCUUGGAUUGGCACCACUCUAACUUACGCCGUGGUUCAGCGGGAUAUGUUUUUAACAGUGUACUGGCACCUGCAUUUGGAUUGCCUGUGAAUCCACAAGCAGCGGCAGAAGGCAAAAAGGUCCUUUCAUGCUCUCUUGCAACGAUUGAUACCUUUUGGCUGCAGAAAGAUGGAAGCUUUUUGAAUGGAAAUUCCCAACCUUCCCUUGCUGAUCUUAGCUUAGUUUGUGAGAUUAUGCAGCUUGAGUUUGUUGAUGAGAAGGACCGUGACAGUAUAUUAAGUCCGCACAAGAACGUUUUGAAGUGGAUUGAUGAUGUGAAGAGUGCCACAGCACCUCAUUUUGAUGAAAUACAUGCAACCCUCUUCAAAGUUAAGGAGAUGUUCGAGAAGCAGCGAUCCGCUGGAGCAAGCAGUUAGGCUACAUGAUCAAGCUGAAGACCUAUCUGCAUUUGAAGUCUAUGUGAAACCUAUUAUAAUGUGUUAAGGCUUGCGUAUGCCUGCAUUAUAACAUUUUGUGUGCUUUCAAGGAUGAAUAUUUCUUAUUAUAAAGUAAUCUGUUUGUAUGCUAGAUGUUCUUAUAACAAUUCAGAUAAUGUUGAGUGGCAGUAAUCUUCUGAAUAAAAGCUGUUCUUAUUUUA